GAACAGAAACAAAUCAACAAUAGAGCCGUGUGCACGGGAAACUCCAUUGAACAAGGAGAGUAUCCAUGUCAGCGAGCCAGCCUGUAGUGUUGAUUUAAAUUACAGUUGCCUACAGAAAAUGAAUAUGGUAAUGAACUUCUUUAAAUCAAGAAACUGACUUCAUAAACUGUCUGACCUCUCACACUUAUGAAACUGUAAAAUAAAAACAUGCCUAAACACUCCCACGGGACCCACAUUAUUCACAACAAAGCUCAAACUACUCCAUCACCAUUGACCAUACCACAAAAACCAUCACCUACUUCCAAUCUGUGUUAACAUAAACACUAAAUAGCUACAACCCACUUCCCAACAGACCAUGCCAAUCCAUAUUUGUCUCUCUGGUUCACCAAUUUGGCUCCUCCUCUUGCUCCUUCUUCCGUCAAUGCCAUUCACUGCUUCCGGGUAUGGCUCACCAGGCCCAGUUGCAGCUGCAUUUGGUGAUAUUAACGGGUUCUUCUGCGCCAUUGAUGCUGGUGGCAAUCAAGAAAUCAUAUGCUGGGAUAAAAGCAACAAGUCCUCAUCAAGUUCAACAUCGUUAUAUUCCACUUCUCUGCCACCAAUGGCUACUCUCUCUGGGGGCGAGGGCUUUAUAUGUGGGAUUACAUCCAAUACUUCCAAGGCUUAUUGUUGGAACUUGUUGAGUUCAAGUAAUAAUCUUCUCCCUCAAAGCUUCCAAUACAUAACUUAUUCACAAAUUGCAGCUGGCAAAAACCAUGUCUGUGCUAUUAGAGGGUCUUACUAUUCUAGUAUUGAUUUUGGUACUGUUGAUUGUUGGGAGUUUCAUAACGAUAGUUUAGCUAAUGAUGGUUUUGUUUAUAAUUAUAACUCCUCGUUUCUUGAUCCUCACAUUAGUGGUCUUGUAAUGAGGUACAUUGUCUCUGGGGAGGGGUUUAGUUGUGGUUUGAUUAGAGAAGGUGGUGGUGUUGUUUGUUGGGGACCCAAUUCGAUUAAAUUGGGAAUACCUUCAAUUUCCAAGGAUUUUGAUGUAUUAGCAUCAGGGAGAGGUUCUGUUUGUGGGAUUUCUAAUGUGUCUAAGGAAGUAGAAUGCUGGGGUGAGGCCAAUGAUUUUGGCACCCCACCAAUUGGAACUAGUUUUGUGGGCUUAUCUGCUGGUGCUCAACAUUAUUGUGGGGUUCAUAAGGAUGAUCAUGGGGUUGAAUGUUGGGGAAGAUUGAAUUCAUGUUCGGUUCCAAAGAAUUCGGGGUUUAUGUCAAUUGCUUCAUCAGACUAUACUAUUUGUGGUGUUAGAGAGGUUGACUUGGUUCUUGAUUGCUGGAGUGUUCAAGGGCAAUUGCCACUGGCAUAUAGCCCGCCUUUGCAAUUGUGUAGUCCGGGUGUGUGUUCACUAGGCUUGUGUGGUGCUGGUAAGUUUUCAUUCAAUGCAAGUGCCCUCAACGAGCCAGAUUUGAUCAGUUUAUGUGUAAGGAAGGACUUGAAAAUUUGCCUGCCUUGUGGGACAAAUUGUUCUCAAGGUUAUUUUUCUUCUAGUGUGUGUAGUGACACUGCUGAUAGAAUUUGCACUGCGUGUUCCCUAUGCCAAAAUAGAACUUGUUGGGAUAUUUGUGGGCUUCCUCCGCCAUCAGGAGUUCAAGAGCAAGAGCGGCAAGAGAUGAACAAAUUAGUCAUCAUCAUUGGAUGUUUGGUGUCAGGUACUUUACUAGUCUUAUUUGGGUGGUGUCUUAUUCCCCGGAUGAUCAAAACUAAGGAUGAGGAAAGGGGUAAAUUCAAGUGCACAUUUUGUGUAGGCAAGCCAGUUGUGGAAGCUGAUCCUGACCUCAGUCUACAAUUGUCUCAUUCGAUAAGCACGUGUGUUGGAUUAGCCCAAGUAUUCCGGCUUUCAGAACUAAAGGAUGCCACACAUGGGUUCAAGGAAUUUAAUGAACUUGGCCGAGGAAGCUUUGGCUUUGUCUACAAAGCUGUUUUGUCAGAUGGUAGUCAAGUAGCAGUUAAGAGGGCUAAUGCUGCCACUAUAAUUCACACCAAUAGCCGUGAUUUUGAAGCAGAACUAGAGAUUCUUAGCAACAUUAGGCAUAGUAAUAUUGUGAACUUGAUAGGUUAUUGUGCAGAAAUGGGAGAGAGGUUGUUGGUUUAUGAGUUCAUGCCCCAUGGCACACUCCAUGACCAUCUUCAUGGGGAGCUCUCACCUUUAGAUUGGAACCUAAGGUUGAGGAUCUCAUUACAGGCUGCAAGAGGACUUGAGUACCUACAUAAAGAAGUCACACCCCCAAUUGUUCAUCACGACGUUAAAACUUCAAACAUUCUGCUAGACCCUGGAUGGGGGGCAAGAAUUGCAGAUUUUGGGAUACUAAGUGCUAGUGAUAGAGAUUUAAAUGGAGAUAUGGAGAGUGAUGUUUAUAAUUUUGGGAUUGUUCUACUAGAGAUUUUAAGUGGAAGGAAAGCAUAUGACAGGGAUUGCUCACCUCCAUGCAUUGUUCAGUGGGCAUUGCCACUAAUAAGACUUGGCAAGGCAGCUUCCAUUAUUGAUAGAAGUGUGGCUCUACUAAGAGAUGUGGAACCAUUGCUCAAACUAGCUGAUGUAGCUGAGCUUGCUUUGAGAGAAAAUCCCACUGAGCGUCCUACCAUGCCUAAACUGGUAAGUUUGUUGGAUCAAAUACUAAAGAGUGGAUUGACCUUAUAAUUACACUUGAUUGAUGGAAAUCUAAGAAUUUGCUUAAGCUAAUUUAAGAGCCUUUCAAUUGUAAUCUACACGAGUUUUAGUAUGUUGUACAUUCCAUUGUUUUGGAUUCUUUUUCUCCAUAAGAGAAGGAGA